AAGUGGCUCAGAAGAUCAUUCCUCUGCUUCGGAAGGCUCUGCUCCGGUUGGCUUGUAGCUUUAUAAAGUUGACCUGAGAAACUUGCUGGGCAGGCGCACAGCUGCCGCCGCCGCCGCCGCGGCGUCGUGCCCUUCCCUGCCUCUUUUCUCCGUUCAUAUCACUUGAGAUGUGGAACCAAUUGUUCUCAGAUGUUUUUGAGACUGGUGUUUAUGCAGAGCUCACUACACUACAAGCGUGCGUUUCAGACCCUGAGAUGUCAUUCUACAUUCAGGUGUGCAGAUGCAAGUCAGCAAGUGGCGAGGUGGACCGGGAUGGGAGGCGCCCACAUGGCUGUGACGGUAUGGAGAAGCCACAUGCGCGGCCCUGAUUCCGUGAAGAUUCAAUGGAUCCUGACCGGGCUGCAGCUGCGGCCGAGCAGAAAGCAGCAGCACUGUCUGGAGCUUCGCCCCGUGCGGCGACGGCGUGAAGGCGUGAAAUAGAAGCCGAAGGAGCACAGGCCGCCUCUAGCUCCACCUGCUUCGCCAUCGCCGUGCGCUGGUGCCGCCGAGGGGCGCCGCUGACGUCGCCAACGGAGAAGGCCUCCGCCGCCGCAGCCACAGGCCCUCGCCGCAGUAACACAGUCUCCCAGGUCAGAGAUAUGCGCGAGUACGCCGCCAGGUGCCGGCGCAUAGCCGACGUCGUAGUCCUGCUAGUCAGGCUGCUGGGCCUGCACGAGGGCUGCUUCGUCGUCAUGAUGAACGAGGGCGUCGCCAUGACGCACGCCAGGUUCAAGUUCAACCACUACCCGCGCUGCCCCACGCCGGACCUCGUCCUCGGCCUGAAAUCCCACUCCGACGCCUCGGUGAUCACCGUCGUCCUCAUCGACGACGCCGUCGGCGGGCUCCAGGUGCGGAAGCCGAACGACGGCGGCGGCGGCGUCUGGUACGACGUGCCCAUCGUUCGGAACGCGUUGCCCCGUGCACGGGCGGUGGCGAACGCGGAGCGCGACCGGGUGUCGCUGGCGAUGUUCUACACGCUGGACCCGGAGAAGGAGAUCGAGCCGCUGCCGGAGAUGGUGGACGAGAAGAGGCCGAGGCGGUACGGGAAGACGACGACCAAGGACUACCUAGCGGUGCUGUUCGAGAGGUUCGCCAGAGGGGCACGAGCCAUGGACACUGUUAAAUCUCAACAGCUGAACUUGAUUCUGGGACUAGUGGUGAGGAUGGUGUAA